AUGCUGAAUCGACGUAAGUUUUUUUUGUUCUUUCUGAACUGUUUUUAUGUUGGUGUAUGUAGAGGCAUGACUGGGAAAAGUUCGGCAGAUCGGCCACCACCCAAAAAUAACCAAAGGUCUUGGGCCCAAGCUUGGGAAUAUGACGGGUGCACAACCUGCAGAAUAUAUACAUUUCAUACAAUAAAAAGUUGGCUAGGCUCAUCUUUAGUGUACAUCUUUUAGUGUCGUCUUAACCCAAGCUUAGGUUAGCAUUAUUUCUUAUGUACCUUUUUGAUUUUUUUAUUUUUUAGGGUUUAAUUUUUUGGUAAAAGUUCCUUAUUUUGGCCACAACUUUUAACUUUGCGGAAACUGGUCGGAAUUAGCCCAAAUUUAGCGUGCACGCUCAAUUCGUCGUUGUCAAUGCCCGGACAGUGGAUUUAGUUAGUGAGGUACCUUCUUUUUUACGUACCACCUUACCCUUUAAAAACGGCUGCAGCCUGUCAUUUUACACUUUAUACGAUGAAACAUAUCCGGAACUAAACUUGUUGCCUCCGUAUGGAACUAAAUGAGUCGUCACAGCCUUCGUAGGUACCCUUAAAACUAUAGAGCUAUUAUAGUAAUUCAGUGCCAGCUAGGUCGAAGCGUUUUUUUUUUCUAACUUUAGUGCCCAAGCUUGGGCGCAGUUCGCGGAGUGCCUUUGUUGUGGCCAAAAUAAGGAAGUUUUUCCAAUUUUUUUCUGGGCGCAGCUCGCAUUGACUUUUGUUGUUUGGGGUGGUCUUCAAAGCCUUUUUUGUAAAAUUAGACCAAGCCUUCGUAAAACGAAACCCUUACAUUACGAAAAUUUUUUGGUCCUCUAAAAUUCAUCGUCCAGAGUUUAGCUACAUAACCCCUGAAGAAAUAAAUAAAAGUAAAUAUUUUACCAAUCACUUCUGCAAGUUUCCUAUUUCAGGUCAUCAUGUUCCAACCCGACGAUUCUGUCGUUUUCCGGUCGACAAAACCAAGCCUGUCCCGCCGAAGCAGACCGUCGACCCAAAUCAAUACGAUAUGAAGCCCAAAGUCAAGACUGCCCAUAAUUUUGCCGAGGAGCCCAAAAUCUUUUUUAAGAGUUCUGUCCCGAGUUCAACGGUAAGGAAAAGUUUAAUUGUCAAUUGAAACAAGAGCGACGCUCAGGUUUUCUUUCAAUUUUGAGCAGACGUCGGGCAUAGGCUAUGUAACAAUUACUGGAAGUUUUAGCUCGAGGUUUCCAUGGUCAGCCGAGAUAUUCAACGAAAUUUGCGGCCGAGAGAGUACGCGAAAUGCGGAGACGGUCAGAGAAAAAUUAUUUUUUUGCUACCCUUUUGCCAAUUUCGUGCGGAAAAAAUGAAUUUUUUGUGGAAAUAUGUAUUUUCCUCUACAAUAGAAAUAGGCACGAAACUUUUCAAUGCUAAUUUUUGGACUUAAAAAUCUUGGCCGUUUCUGCAACACACAAGCUAAAAAUCUGGCUUGGGUUUUAAAAAGCUGUAAUCUUCGGCUACGCCAAGUUUCACAAAAAUCCAAAAAUCUGACCGUCGCCCUUGUCAUCACCCAUUAUAACAUUCCCAUUGCUACUUCUCAAAUUUCGUAUUUCAGAAGUCCCGCCAUUCCAGGCCGAGGACAUCCAGACCCAAGCCCGACUCCUCGAAGGUCUUCAGACUCUGUGGACCCUCCAAUUAUCGGUUUCCCGACUGUUUCAAGUGCGGUGAAGCUCUUUCAACGCUGAUUGGCUACCCAUGCGGUCAUCCGUUCUGCGCCAAAUGCUGUGGCUUGGACUUGCAUGUGCCGAUCGAGAAGCAAGAUCAUCAACAGGUUUUAUGCGAUUGCCCAUGCUGCCAGCAGUUUUUUCGGUGCUUUGUGGGAUUGGGUGAGGAAAAAGGAGGAAAGUGUCGAAAAAUGGUCAAAAUAAUAUUUUUUCUAUUUUUUUGAUCACGGUGAAGACGAUAGACGAUAAUUUUGUCUAUGAAUUAUCGUUCGGGCCAUUUCCCAAAAUUUUUUUGAUUUUUGGCCUUUUUUGGGUCCAACCGCGAAAUUUUGGCAUUAUGUUUCAACCUGAGUUUUGAUCGGGAAAGCUCGUGUUUUUUGAAAAUAAGGGCCACACGAAAUGUCUACUGAUAUUUGGGCAAAUUUUGAAACUUUAGAGAAUUUUUUGGGUCCCACCACGAAAUCUUGGCAUUCUGUUUUCAGGCCGGUUUCUGAUAGGAAAGUAGAGUAUACGUGCUGCAUUCAAAGAAUAAAAGCUUUGUCUAGUUUUUCACACAUUUUUUUGGGUUCUCCAUAUAUUUUUGGGUCCCUAAACGAAAUUUUGGCAUUCUGUUUCAAGUUGAGAUUUUGGUCAAAACUGUAAUUUGAUGGUCAAAUUAGGGGACAGAAAUUAUUUUUAGAACCUUUAUUGCUUGCGUUUGUUGGUUUUUAGCGUAAUAAAGAUAUUUUUUUAUUUUCAGCAAACCAAAAGUUCGUCUACAAUAUCAACGCCAUUGUUGAGUCGGAAAUGAAGGUGGCGUCCAAAUUGAUGGAGCAAAGAGAAGCUGGUAGGAAAUAACAAUUUUUAGCUGAUCUUUUUAGCGAAUCGUUUCUUGAAAUUUUUCAAAAUCCAAAGAUUUAAAAAAAAGUUUUUUUUUUGUUUUUUUUUAUUUUUCUGUUUCAGAGCGUCAAGUGGAAGAGAUGCAGCGUCAAUUGGAGGAUCUGCAGACGCAUUGGGACUGUCAAAUUUGCUUCGACGCACAGUGCGAUACGGCUUUUUCUUGUGGCCAUCGUGCCUGCGGCAACUGUGCCUUGAAAUUGACGAGUUGUCAUUACUGUCGCCAGAAGAUCACUCAGCGAAUCAAAAUUUAUCGAUAA